AUGUUUGUAUGGACCAACGGUAGUUGCAAUUUAGGUGAUCCUAAUAGCUGGGCCGCUUGGUGUGCAUUUGUCUCCCCUGGUGUUGCUCCGUUGCCGUUCGUGGAUGAGCGAAGGCUGCGAGCUGCCCUAGAAGAGGUAUACCCAGACCUCACUCCAGAAGAGACUAGAAGAAAUAGUCUUGGAGGCGAUGUCUUAUUUGUGGGGAAACAUCACCCACUGCACGACUUCGUUUUAGAGCUGUAUCAGACAGGUUCCACAGAGCCAGUGGGUGUACCACCUGAACUAUGUCAUGGGAUUCAAGGAAAGUUUUCUUUGGAUGAAGAAGCCAUUCUUCCAGAUCAAAUAGUGUGUUCUCCUGUUCCCAUGUUACGGGAUCUGACACAGAAUGCUGCAAUCAGAUGACUGAGAACCAGACGCCUGCAGGAGGCGGAGCACAUGCAGCCAGGAGCAGACUCGAUGGUUGAAAACACUUGGGAGAGUUUA